AUGAGGUCCGGGGGCAUGGCUUCGGCCUCGUGGCGCCGCACCCCGAUGAUGGCGGUGCUGGUCGUCGUGGCCCUGUUCUUCGCCCUGGUCGCCGCCAAGGACGAACCCAAGGUUUCUAUCAGCAAGUUCGAUCAUCCGCCUCUCGGCCUCAGCUACUUUGAGGACAGCAACGUUGUCGUCUUCCACGAUGUCGAAGAGGCCAGCAUCUACCGCUCCGACGAUGCUGGCGCCAGCUGGACUCAGGUCCGUGACAUCCCACGUGGCGAGGCCAUGCUCCUCGUCAUGCACAAGUUCGAGCCCACGACAGCCUUCGUCCUGACCGAGAGCAACUACCUGUACAAGACAACCGACCGGGGCGACAGCUGGUCCAAGCUGUACGCCGGCACCACCCCGAGCGCUUUCCAGCCCGAGCCCCUCGUCUUCCAUGCCCGAGACCCCGCCCGGAUAAUCCUCAACGGGAUGAGGUGCGAGGGAAUCUUCUGCAACGAAGAGUCUGUAUACACCACCGACGGCUUCAAGACUGUCGAGCUGCUGCGCGGCCUGACUGCUGGCUGCUGGUGGGCCAAGUCGUCCAGGGAAUUCACCACCGGCGACGAUGAGAAGGACAGGUCGCGCACCAUGUGCAUCGUCAUGGAGCCCUUCUCCAGCUUCAAGGAGGACCAGAGGCUGCACAUUUCCGACUCCUUCUUUGCCGAGGUCAAGGGCGGCAUCGACGAGUUCGAGCCCAGCCUCGACACCGACAAGGCCGUCGAUGGCGUCAUCAGCAUGGGCAUCGUCAAGGGUUACCUCCUCGUGGCCACGGCAUCGCUGUACAGCGACGAGAUGGCCCUCUACGUCUCCGAUGACUCCAUCCGCUGGCACCGAGCCAUGUUCCCUACCGACGACAGCCACGACCACUCUCACCAGAUCAACCAAAAUGCCUACACCAUCCUCGAGGGCACCAACUAUAGCAUCCAGGUGGACGUCAUGACGUCGCACCCCUCGCGCCCCAUGGGCGUCCUGUUCACCAGCAACUCCAACGGCACCUACUUUACCGAGAACGUCCCCUACACGAACCGCAACGAGAGGGGCCACGUCGACUUUGAGAAGCUCACCGGCAUCCAGGGCGUCUAUCUCGUCAACGUCGUCAACAAUCCCGAUGAGGUAGAGACGGGAAAGGAGAAGGAGGUUGUCUCCAGAAUCACCUUUGACGAUGGCCGGUCGUUCGAGCCCCUGCUCACCAAGGACAACGACACCCUCCACCUACACUCUUCGACGGAGCUGAACAACGUCGGGAGGGUCUUCUCCAGCCUCGCACCCGGCAUCGUCAUGGGCAACGGAAACACGGGCAAGGAGCUUGGAGCCUUUGACGAUUCCGACCUGUACGUGUCCGAUGACGCCGGGUUGACGUGGUCAAAGGCCUUGGAGGGACCCCACAAGUACGAGUUCGGCGACACCGGAUCGAUCCUGGUGGCCGUGGGCAGCAAGGAGAAGGAGGCCGCCGACAAGUUCUCCUAUUCCCUAAACCACGGCGAGGACUGGAAGGAGGUCAAGUUCCCCAACGACGUAAAGAUCAAGCCCUACAUCCUCACCACGACGCAGGACUCUACCAGCACCAAGUUCCUGCUCCUCGGCGAGAGCGGCGGCACCUACCACAUGGUCUCCAUCGACUUUGACGGCCUGCACGAGCGUACCUGCAAGGACAGCGACAUGGAGGACUGGCACGCCCGCGUUGACGAGGACGGCAAGGCGACCUGCGUCAUGGGGCACAAGCAGACGUACCGCCGACGCAAGAAGGACGCCGAGUGCUUCAUCAUGAGCGGCUUCAGAGAUCCAGUUCCCAUCAUCGAGGAUUGCGAAUGCACGGACCAGGACUUUGAGUGUGACUACAACUUCCAACGCGACCUGGACGACAGCAGCAGAUGCAACCAGGUCGGUCCUGCCAUCAAGCCGGAUGGCGUCUGCAAGGACGGGAAGGGCGGCACCUACAAGGGCACGUCGGGUUGGCGCCUCAUCCCAGGCAAUACGUGCAAGAGAGGCAAAGGCGAGCAGAAGGACAGCGAGAUCGAGCGUAACUGCACCGACGGGGGCUCCAGCCCCGGCGGCCCCGGCAACCCCGGCAGCCCCGACGGCCCCGGAAGCCCCAGCAACGGCGAGGUGUCCUCGUCCAAACCCUUCAACUUCGACACCAACCUGUACGAUUUCGAGAAGAUCUAUCUCGAAAAGGCCGGUUCCAGCUCCGUGGACGACGAGACCGUCAUCGCCCGCCCCGCCGAGAACGAGGGUAACGGCCGCUUCAAGGUCGGCAAGGACAUCUGGAUGACCAACGAUCACGGCAAGAGCUGGAACCUCAUCCUCGAAGGCAAGGGCGUGAGGGGCAUCCACCAUCACCAACGCUUCAAGGAGGUCGUCUUCUUCACCACCGACGACAAGACGGUCUACUACACCAUCGACCGCGGCCGCAGCUUCCACAGCUUCGAGGCGCCUACGGACCCCGGCGACUUCCCCUUCAGCUUCCACCCGGACAACAAGGAUUGGCUGAUCUGGGUGGGCAAGCAGUGCGACGAGAAGGGCGACUCGUGCACUCAGGAUGCAUCCCUCUCGACCGACCGCGGCGAUAACUGGAGGACCAUCGUCCGCUCCGCCAGGAAGUGCGAGUUCACCGGCCACUCGGCCUUCAAGUUCCGCCCCUCCAAGCAGAUCGUCUGCCACGCCCACGAGGAGGAGGGCGUCGACUCGCCCAUGACGAUCGUCACCAGCAACGACUUCUUCCUGGAGGACCGGUCCGAGUUCAGGGGCGAGGUCAUGGACUUCGCCACCAUGAGCGAGUUCAUCGUCCUGGCCGGCAGGGACUCGGAGACGGACGAGCUCCGCGCCUACUCCAGCCUGGACGGCAAGCUCUUCGAGCCAGCGCACUUCCCGCACGGCUUCCAGGAGAAGCACGCCGGCGAGUACACGGUGCUGGACAGCUCGACGCACGCCGUCAACCUGUUCGUGCUGAGCGAGCCCGGUGCGGACCGCCAGUACGGCUCCAUCGUCAAGAGCAACUCGAACGGCACGUCGUACGUCCUCAGCGCGGCCAACGUCAACUGCGACGAUCAGACGUUUGUCGACUUCGAGAAGGUGCCGGGGCUGGAGGGCGUGACGCUCAUCAACGUGGUGACGAACGCGGACGAGAAGAAGGACAAGACGAAGGAGCUGCAGACCAAGAUCUCGCACAACGACGGCGCCGAGUGGGGCUAUCUCGCGCCGCCCGAGAAGGACGCGGACGGCAAGGCGUACGGGUGCCGGUCGUCGGCGGGCGACAAGUCGUGCGCUCUGCACCUGCACCACUACACGGAGCGCGACGACAAGCGGCGGACGUUUGCGGCGAGCACGGCCGUCGGCCUCCUGUUCGGCGUGGGCAACGUCGGAUCCAAGCUCGGCCCCAUCGAGGAGGCCGACACGUUCAUGUCCACCGACGGCGGCAUCUCCUGGGCCGGCGUGAAGAAGGGACACUGGACGUGGCAGUACGGCGACCAGGGCUCCAUCAUCGUGCUGGUGCAGCGCGCGACGGCCAGGAACAAGGUCAAGACGCGGUCCGUGUCGUACUCGCUCGACGAAGGUCGCACGUGGCACGACUACCAGUUCACCGACGAGGAGGUGACGGUACUGGACAUCACGACGGUCAGGACCGGCAGCUCGCGCAACUUCCUGCUGUGGUACAGGUCAGAUGACGGCAAGGCGAUGGCGGUCAACCUCGACUUCAGCGGCUUCGCCGACCGCCCCUGCCAGCUGGUCGAGGGCGACGAGGCCGCGUCGGACUACUACCUCUGGUCGCCCAAGCACCCGCUCCAGGCGAACGGCUGCCUGUUCGGCCACGUUGCCAAGUACCUCCGCAGGAAGCCCGAGGCCAGGUGCUACAACGAGCAGAACCUCCAGAGGCUGUACGGGUACGAGAACUGCGCCUGCACCCGACAGGACUACGAAUGCGCCUACAACUUCGAGCUCGACAGCCACGGUCAGUGCUGGCUCGUGCCGGGCCUGGAGCCGCAGUCGGGCAAGGACUGGUGCGCCGAGCACGGCAACGAGACGUCGUGGUUCGAGCCGACGGGCUACCGCAGGGUGCCGCUGUCGACGUGCGUGGGCGGCAACGAGCUGGACAAGACGUCGGAGGAGCACGCGUGCGCCGGGUACGAGGAGGAGUUCAGGAGGAAGCACAGGACGUCCGGGGCGGCCAUCCUGCUCGCGGUGGUGGUGCCGCUGGGCCUGGCGGCCUCGAUAGGCUGGUACGUCUACCGCAACUGGAACAGGAGCUUCGGACAGAUCCGGCUGGGUGAGACGUCGGCCCAGUCGACCUUUGACAGCGACCGGCCCUGGGUCAAAUACCCGGUCAUCGCCGUCUCGGCGGUGGCGGCGGUGGCGGCCUCGACCCCCCUGCUCCUGGGCAGCCUCUGGAGGAUGGCCCGGGGAUCGUACGAGAAGAUGCGCGGCGGCGGCGGCGGCAGCAGCUCCGGCGGCGGCCACGGCGGACGGCAGAGCUGGUUCAGCGGCGGCGGCGGCGGCGGGCUCAGGAGGUUCACGACCAGGGACUCGUUCGCCCGGGCUAGGGGGGAUUACUCCGUGGUCGACGAUGAUGAGGGUGAGCUUCUCGGCGAGGAUAGUGACGAGGAGGCGUAG